AAAAGGACGUGUUGGCAGUGAUCGGCAAUAAUGCACGUAUAUUUCCUAUUCGUUCCAUUCCCUGCGGUUCCUAGGCAUUGUCAACACAGAUAGGAUCGAUAGGAGGAUAGGAGUAAUGAGGAGACCGUAGCGACCGUAGGCGCUGUACGGCGCUGUAGGAGGGUAGGGGCCGUAGGAAACUGCAGUAGCGACCAGUAGGCAGCUUAGCAACUUAGUUAGGUUAGGCAGGCAGUGGACGGCAGUAGUAGUUCGGAAGUUGUGUGGAGUACGAUUUGCAAGUUUCCGUAUUUAUCUAUGGUUGGAAGCUAGGUACCCUGCUGUGCAAACUCAACCGUUAGUUUACUACAGCAAGUGAGGGUGAAAGAAAAGGAGAAACAAAAAAGUUGAAGAACUUUCAUGUGCUUUUCUGUUAUAUAAGACAAGUGUGAUACAUAAGUUAUUCAGUUUUUCAACACGGAAGCAAUAUUUCAGAUGAUUAGUGAUGACUGUGUAAUGUUGAUUAUUUGUUCCAUAGUGCAGAAUGUUAUGAUUCAGAUUUGUAUGGAGAAUAAGAAAAUGUGUGGGAAUGCUCUAUAAAAACUUGUUUUGUGCUGUAUUUUAACAAAAAAUCCUGCUUUAAUUGUGAAAAACUUAAGAAAUUCCAACAGGGAGAGGAAAUUAGAAGUUUAUAGUUUGGCAGUGAGAAAUUAAAUUAUAUAAACAAAAAAUAGUACAGUGAAGACACUUCAGAUAAGCAAUUACAAAAGACAUAUCUUUACCAUAAAACUGUGGUGGUUGAAUGUUAUGUGGAUGGCAGUUGCUGUUGUGUGUUAAAUCUGUUGGAAUUUUAAUAGGCUAAUCCUUCAGAAUGAUUUGGCAUUAAGCAAUUAGAACACUUAUGCAAAGUUUGACCAGUUGCGUGACCUGAAUAUAUGACAGAACCAGUAGUUUUAUAUAUCAGUACUUCUAGUAUUAAAUCAGUAACGAUUGUAUCCAAAAUAUGACUGGAUUGCAUAAUUUUCAUGUAAUCUGCUUUUGAAGUUCUUAGAGCAAAUGCUUAUAUUUCCAAAAUAGGAAGUGUGGAAGUAAUUCAAACAGGAGACAGUGCUACAAGGGGAAGGAAUAUGUCGUACUGAAUCUUCUGUUUUUAAACUGACAUCAAGCAGGCUAUUUAGUCUAUAUGUAAAAGUGGACUCACACCUCUUGCUAUAUGAAAAACAGGAUGCUGAGAGUCAGGGCCUCUUAAAAUAUAUAAUGUGUGUUCUUUUUGUGAAGAUAGAACUCUGAUGUCUGGGAUUUAUCAAUUGAUCUUCAAAAUCAAGUGGAUAGUCAUUAAUAAACAGCUUCACAAGAAAAAGCAUUAAAAAGGGAAAAUUUGAAGUAUGAAAACAGUAACAGCGGACUUGGCGAGGCCACAAAGAAGUUUGUUGUAAAGUAAGCAAAGUUCAGUCUUCAAAAUCAAGUCACAGUGUAAUGGACCAUGUACAUAUGGGCAAGUCCAGCAGGGAGAGCAGUUGGCUUUGCAGCAAAGAUUUACCUAGCACCAGCAGUGUUAAAGAACAUCCCAAAGGCCAUAGAAAUAGGAAAGCACAGAUGAAGGACAGUGAACAACCAAUAACAAGGCAGAGUAAUGUAGAAGUGGGUCAUCAAAAAGUGAAGGUUCAGGGUAAACCCCAGUGCACAGUAAGUUCAGUUGUUCCUACUGCUAUGCAGGUGGGUGUGAAGAAACUUAACACAGACUCCAGAGCAGAUGUACAAAGGCAGGUGGAGGUGUCAGAUGCAUUGUUUCAGGUGCAGCGGGAAACCUGUGCAGGUCAAAGGGGAAGGAAACAGCAGUAUGAAAGAACUGAAUACAAGAACAUAUGGAGUCUGGGCAACAGUUUGCUUUGGUGUGAAUUGUGUGAUGUAACUUUACUGAAUUCUGACUCUGUGGAACAACAUAUUGUAGGAAAACAACAUACAGAAAAUUUAGCAAUAGCAGCAGUUAACAUUGAACCUUUGUGGAAGACAGUUAGAGAACUUGAGGGUGGACAAACAAACAAUAUAUGCAUGCUCUCACAUAACAAAUUCUGGUGUGGGCUGUGUUCCAAAAGUAUGGAUACCAAUGGUGUUGUUUCUCAUGUAGGGGCAAGUAGUCAUCAACAGAAGUUGAAAAAACUAGACAAAACAAAGAAGAAAUAUACAAAUACUUCACAGAAAUGGGUGCAACACGAUAUGUAUGAUAUUUGGGAAGAGAUCUGCCGAGCUGAAAAUGGAAGGUGGUCCAAUAUCUGGCAUACUUCUGGAGAUACGUUCCAUUGUGAGCCCUGUAAAGUGUUAUUAUCAGUUCAUGAUGUUCUGGCGCAUGUUAUGGAUACACCGCAUCAGGAAAAAAUAAGGGCACCAGAAAAUAUAGAGAUGAAUGAAAAACUGGCAAAAAUUUCAGAUUACUUGUGGCAGGAGAUACAUAAAUUGGACCGUGCACAUCAGGCAUACUUUAAAAUUGAUAAUAGCACAACACUUUACUGUACCUCUUGUUGUGUCAGGAUCCCUGCUACUGUUCAGAAUGUGACGGAUCAUAUUCGUGGCAAAACUCACAUGACCACUAUUGUCAGACGUCUGACGUCAGAGCAUCCAUCUCACAUGAAACAAGCAAACAGUUUGGUAGAGGAAAAUUUUCCCAGUCCCAUAGUCACACAAACUGAAAACUUAGCAGAAAACAGACCGAGAGUGAAGGAUGAGUCUUUUACUUCAGAAGGAUCUCAAUCUGAAAUAUGUAAAGCUUCAAAUAAUGCACAAGAGGCACUUGUGAAAGCUUUGGUGCCUAGAGAGAAGGAUGGUUCAGAUCACAGUGGUUCCCUACUUCAAGGAAAAUCCUGUUUAUUCCACUGUACUCUGUGUGAUACUGAAACUGAAUUAGAGGAGACAUGGAACCUGCAUAAAUGCAGCAAGAAACACAGAACUCAAGUUAGUAAACUAAUGGCAGAAGGAAAGAAUCCAGUCACUUGUACCUGUUCCAACUGUGGUGUUACAAUUUUUUGCAGUCAGUCUGAUUUUGCUAAGCACAUCUGUCAUGAGGUACCAUCAAACAUACUUAAUGGAAUUUAUGAGAAUGCUCAGCAACUUAGCAAAAGCAAUGCAGCAGAGUCAUUGCUUCAAGAAAACUUGAAGUGCGGAGAGCAAGCUGACCCAACUGAUGAUGUACCAAGAAUAGUAGUAAGCGGUUAUCCUAAACGUGUGGGAAUGGAUCUUCUGUAUAACUUCUUCAGUGAUUUUGGCACUGUAUGUUUUGUUGCUGUUGGUAGUGAAUCAGCUGUAAUUGAAUUUGUUGAACGCGAUGCUGUAAAAAGGACACAAGAAAAACCAUUGUUCCUUGCAAAUGCUGCACUGACUGUGAAGACACUAACAUAUUAUAAUCAUCAAGGCACUGUGCAUUCUGCCAGAUCUGUAGACUCCAAGGGAGGUUCCUCACAAGUUGCUGAAGUGGUCCAUGAAAAUGUGGUCUCAGCACAUGCAUCUAGACAAAGCCUUCAAGAGACACUGGAUGCUUUGUGCAACACAACCUCUUAUGUGUCCAAUCAAAAGAAAGACAAACAGGUGUGUCAGUUUCUGGAAACAUUGUUUUCUGCAGUCUUCCCAGGGUGCAAGGCAAUUUCUUUUGGAUCACGUUUGUCUGGCCUUGCCCUUUCUGAUAGUGAUCUGGAUAUCUUUCUUGAUACAGGUGGUAUGUAUAAUGGAAGAAGCAGGCAAGGAUCAGACAUCCAGGAGCUAAUAGUAUCAGCUGCAGAAAGCACGUUGUUAGCUGAUCCUGAGUGUUGCAACGUGGAAGGAGUUCCCAGUGCUCGCACACCUAUUAUAAAAUUUUUUCACACACCAAGUGGAACGCAGUGUGACGUGGCUUUUCGUCAUGGACUUGGAUGUGAAAAUACGAAGCUUAUUAAGUUUUAUUUAUCAUUGGACCCACGUGUGAGACCUGUGAUUUUAUUCAUCAAACAUUGGGCCCAUUCCCAUAAAUUGACAGGACAAAGCAACAUUACCAGCUAUGCCCUCACUUGGCUUGUUAUAUUCUAUCUCCAAGAAGCGUCGGGUUUUGGUCUGCCUUCUGUUGAAUUACUGCAGAGACUUCAUGAGGGACCAGUGAAAAGAAUCGCAGGUAUGCUGUUGCUCCAGUUCUACAAGGUCCAUGUCAGUAGUGGCUGUGAAUGUGAAUUCAGACAUUCUCUGGCAUUGGACAAAUAAACAUCUUCAAAGCCAAGAUCCUUUCCAAUGGCACUAAUUUCCUCAAUAACAGUGUCAACUCAAUUUUUGCAGUAAGGCAGAAGAUAUUACCAUACAUCCCUCAUUGUAUUAGCUGUAACUUCAUGUCAUGACUCAUAAAUAAUUUUAUUAUGCAUUCCAGUUCGAGCUUUAAACUUUUGAAACCACCCUCAUACUGCCAAAAAUGUCAUAGUAACCCCUUUUAAUUAACGUUCCUUUGAGUGAUGAAAACUGGCUAAGUGCUUUUAUCAUUAUGUUGUUUGUACCAAUUGGAGUCUGAUUUUGGCUUGCAGUCUUCCAGCCAAAUUAUUAAAAGACAUUCCAUUUCAACCAAAACAAAACUUCUGUUUGUAGUGCACUGCAUACUAGAAGAUGCUGAUGGAACUUUACUUUGUUCUGUAUAUUCAUUAGAUUUGGACAGAAUUAGUCAUACCGUAGACUCAUUGAGGCCUAAUGCCCUGCUGAUGCUUUCCUUGCUUUGACCAUUAUCAAACCGUUCAAUAAUGUCAAGUUUCAUAUCCAGAGUAAUAACUUCGCAUUUAUUAUCAGAUUCCACUGACAUACCACUUUUCCUUUUGUGCAUGGUGAACUUUUACAAAAUAUAAACUAUUGCUUAGCAUGAAAUACACUGCUUUAAAACAUUACCUUGGAUGGUGGCUUAAGUGAAACUGAACUUGUGGCAGCAUAAUUGCACAGCAGACACAUAAUCUGGCAACACUAUAUGUGGGCAGCUUCUGUAUAUGUUCUUCAAAAUUUUUUGUUUCAUAAUCGGCCACACUAUUGAAAUUUUAAGAGGGCACAUAUAGAGGAAUGGUAUAAAUGUAUGUGACCAUGUUAACCGAAACUUGCACUGAUUGAAAACGCAUAUAUUGAGGUUUACCUAAAGAUGUGUGGUUUCAGAGAGUUUCUGUUAAAACUCUUAUAACCUACAUUUCCACUAUUAAUAAAUUGUUUGUAUUUUCAGCAGUGAUUGUGAGAGUUUCUAAAAGUUGCUGAAAGUUCUCAGUAUGUAACUUUUUUAACUUCAGUGAUAAAAGAGAUUGCUGUCAGGUGUUUGUAGAUGUUAAGUUCUAAGUGUUUAGUAAUGAAAGUGUAAAGUGCCAUAUAUAAUGAACUAGUUUUCUAACAAGUCUCUCCCAUUAGUAUUAAUAUUAUACAGAUCAAAGUUUAUGUAUUGUAGAAAUUGAUGAUUGUGUGUUAAAUGGUGUAUCUACAUUGAAGUAAAGAUGAUACUUUCCAGUUUA